AUGCGACAACCAGCAAUGCCCAUCCGCUCGCCCUUCGAGUCUUCCAUCGCGAAGCCGGGCCAAGGCACCGUCGUCCUCUCCCUCCUCCCACCUAAUAACCCCACCCUCACCACUCUCACCUACAAAUACCCAUUGAAGCUCGUCCCCAGAGCCCCGGGCUUCAUCCCGACUCCAGAGUCCUCUGCAUUGUCGAGCUCAUGUCCUUCAAGGCCGGUCCACCUUUACCUUCUUACUUACGGUGGUGGUCUACUACCGGGUGAUCAUAUCGAGGUGUCGAUCAAACUCGAGCCGAGGACUCGCAUGGUAGUGACCACGCCGCAAGGGAGCACCAAAAUCUUCAAGACCGAGCCCGGCAACGCCAAUGGCAUCAAAUUGAUCAAGGGCCAUCGCAAGCAAAUGCCGGCCAACCAACACCUCGCCGACAUGAGUCAACAAUCUCUGGACGUACGAAUCGGUCGCCAAGCAGCGCUGUGCUACUUGCCCGACCCAUCCGUCCCCUUCAAGAACAGUCGCUACGCGCAAGUACAAACAUUCACUGUCGAUGCCGCCGCCAAGGGUGACGAGCGCAGCAGUCUGUGUGUUCUGGACUGGGUUACGCAAGGUCGGACGUCACGCGGAGAAAACUGGAACUUCCGCUUCUGGCGCGGCCGUAACGAAGUCUGGGCUACCGAUGAGAAGACGGGCAAGAGCCGGCUCCUGCUGCGUGACUCGGUCAUCUUGGAUGAUGAGACCGAGGACCUCGAUAUUUCAGAUGAGGACUCUGACGAGGAAGCCGGCGAGAGUGGGCUAAAUAGCCACUCUGGCCGCGCUGACACGCCACCGCCGCAGGCCGGCCUGGUGCCUUUGAACGUCAUUCAGGAACGCACGCGCCCACACGGAGUUGUGGGUACGCUGAUCCUAUCAGGCCCGGUGUUCGACAGCCUCGGCACAUACCUCAUGCACCAGUUCAACUCCCAGCCCCGGAUUGGCAGCCGGAAUUGGGCCUCAUCGGCACCAUCGACGGCACCCGAGCCGUCGCUCAGUACCAAGGGCGAUGUCACUUGGACGGCAGCUCGCGUGCGCGCCGGCUUCGUCCUGGUCAAGUUCGGCGCCAAGGACUUCGAGACAGCCAAGGACUGGCUCGGAGGUCUCCUUCGCGAAGAAGGCAGUAUUAUCCGUGAAUUCGGCGAGGAAGCCCUCUUCUGCCUUUGA